GUUCCUCUUUAGUCUCUUUGCAUCUACCCUUUUUUUUAAAAAAAAAAAUCAGUGAUAAACUGAGCAAAGUAGCUGAGAGUUCGUCUCAGAAAGAAGCAAAGCUCAGAAAGAAGCUGUGGACCUGGAGAAUCAAGCAAGGACUGGGCAAGUAAAGUGGCCUUUUCCCCUCCUUGACCAUGGCAUUUUGGCUUUGGCCUCUCUUGAUGUUGCUGAAUAUAAAGAGUACAAGAGCUGAAGAUCCAGGAUUCAAAGCUUGCAGACUUCAAGGUCUCAGUGAAAAGAUACUAGAAGUCCUACCUGGAGGUGGCUGGGACAACUUGCGCAAUGUGGAGAUGGGCAAGGUCAUGACCCUCAACUACUCCCAAUGCCAGACCACUGAAGAUGGCGAGUACCUCAUUCCCAAUGAUGUCUUUGUGGUGCCCCUCAAGAAGAGCACAAUGGAGAUUCACUCUGAAAUUAUUAAAGACUGGCUGUCCUACACUGAUGCAUUUUCCGAAUCCAUCAAUGCUGAGGCUUCCUACCUCACCGUGCUCAAUGGCAGGUUCUCCGCUGGUUCCCAAGAAACAAAGACCCACAAUGUCUAUGAUGAGACAGUCACCACAAGAGUGCAAGUACGGCAUCACGUUUACUCUGUGAAAGCUCAACCAUCCUUCACUUUCCACAAGGACUUCCGUCAUCAGCUUGUGAGCAUAGGCAACCAGUUGGAGAACAACCAGAGUCGGAUUGCUGAGUAUAUGGCAGAAAUGCUGGUAUUAAGCUACGGCACACAUGUCCUCACAAGUGUGGAGGCUGGAGCGUCCCUCAUACAAGAAGAUCAGGUGAAAAAGAAGUUUUUGCUCGACAACGACGCUCAGAAAGCAAGCAUCACUGCCUCGGCCUCUGCUACUUUUUUCCACAAAGUCAAUGUGGGAAUUGGGACCUCCAUGGAAGCUUUGAGUAAUAUGACUAAGGAGUAUCUGGCGAAUACAGUAAAUUCCAAAUUGGAGAGCCGGGGCAGUGUGCCCUUCUAUCCUGGCAUCACCCUCCAGAAAUGGCAGGAGGGCAUCCCCAAUGGUUUAGUGGCGAUAGGCAAGUCAGGGCUUCCUCUGCCAUUUUUCAUCACCCCUGACGCCUUACCUGAAUUGCCAGAGCCUACAGUUCAUCGAGUGGCCACUACAGUGGAAAACGCUAUCCGCCUCUUCUACGCAAUCAACACCCACCCAGGCUGCGUUGAGCCCGGCUCAAAGAAUUUCAACUUCCAGGCUAAUGUGGAUGAUGGCUCAUGCCAAAAUCUCAGCACCAAUUAUACCUUUGGUGGAAUCUUUCAGGAGUGCGAUGGGGUUUCAGGACAGGACCCAGAAGAGCUUUGCCAGGCUUACCGUAUCCAGAACCCUUUGACUGGCAGCUACUCUUGCCCACAGAACUAUUCGGCUGUCCUGCUGCAUGAAGAGCAACGUACCGCCAACCAGCCCAAGAUGGAGUGUCAUCAGGACUGCCAUACUUGCUGGCUUGUGUUUAAGUGCUGUAAGACAGUGUGCGGCAUCCGCUACUAUCCCAGCACAGUGAAGUUCUUUGCUUAUUGGUGUGCUGCCACUGGUCCAAUAGUUCAGAGCACAGGAUUUCUCUUUGGAGGACUCUACAGCACCGGGAAUGAGAACCCAGUGACUAGCACCUAUACCUGUCCAGCCUACUUCUUCCCCUUGGUCCUGUUUGAUAAUCUGAAGGUGUGCGUCAGCAAUGACUAUGAGAUGGGCUCCCGCUUUGCGGUGCCCUUUGGUGGCUUCUUCAGCUGCCAAUCUGGAAAUCCUCUGGCAGGCUUACGAAAGGGUCAAAGCCCUGGAAUCCUCCAGGAUUUUUUCUACCAAGAUUCUCCUACUAAAUACCCCAUGAAAUGUCCAGCUGGGCAUAGUCAACAUAAGGCGUAUUUGAGUGACGGCUGUGAAAUUCUCUAUUGUUUGCAGGCAGGGACACUUUUUGCUCAGCAAUUGGCUCCCAUCAAGCUCCCUCCUUUCCUGCGUACACCGUCCCCAAAUGGCAGCCUUUCUGAAACAAUCCUGGUGAGCACCGAAGGUAGCCAAGCCUGGGUCAAAAUAGGGCAGAGUGGGAGCUGGAGGUUGGCCAAUGGCACAGAUGGGAAGGAAAUAGCUCGUCUUUUCCAGGGAAACGACAGCUUGGCCCUAUCAAGUGGGGCCAUUGCUGGGAUUUGCAUCGCAGUGAUGGUAGUCUUGGUUAUCUUCCUUUUUGUUGUGUUCAGAAUUCGGCGCUACAAGAUGAGAGGCUACCAAGAGGUGACAAAUGAGCACCUAGUCAACGAUGGCAGAAACUAUAGAACCACAGAAACACCUCCAGAGUUUAGUGCUGCUUAAAACAUCUUUUCAUCUAUUCUUUGAAGUUUAAUUCCAAUUGUAGGGAGCUGAAUCUGGGAAGCGGGAGAGGCAGAAUAAUAAUGGAGAGCUCGUAGGGUAGGAGAAGUAAGCAUUAACUAUGGGUGUACAUAAAAAUGUUUAGCCUGGCUAGGUGGCUCAGUGGCUAAGAUGCUGAACUUGUCGAUCAGAAAGGUCGGCAGUUUGGCGGUUCGAAUCCCUAGUAUAGGUCUCCCGCAUGAGCAGGGGGUUGGACUAGAUGACCUCCAAGGUCCCUUCCAACUCUGUUACUGUUACUGUUUGACCAAAAUGAUGAUAACCACGUUCCAGGCAAAAUAAUUUGUUUUGAAUUGAGUGAACACAGGUAAUCAAUCAUUCACUUACCUGAAUACAGGUAAAAUAAGCAAUCUGAGAGAAAUCAGGUGAACGAUCUAAGCUUUAUCCUGAAUGUCAAAUUACCUCAGUGAAAGGAAAUUAAUUCAGAUGUAACAAUAUAGCUUUUUGUUUGAGCAACUGUAGUUCUGUAGCUGAAAGAGAAUAGAUUACACUGACAAGACAAGAUAGGAAAGAACUUAAAAGUAAUUUUAGCAGACUGAUUUAGAGCAAGAACAGCUCUUUCUGUAGUGUACUGAGAAUUCAUUUAUAUGUAAGGGAAUUUAUUUUACUUUUAUUGCAGCUUGACAGCCCUCACUUGAUACAUUUUUAAAAAGCGGAUGAGCAACAAUACCAAGUAGAAUCAAGCUUCCUUUGGGAGUUGCUCAAUAGAUUCUUUGUCAAUCUAAUAAAUUCUGUGUUGUUGUUGUUAUUUAGAAAAAAGGCUUUGACCACUUAGGUGAUGAUUUUUCAUCACUGCCUUAUGAAAUCAGCCCUAAUUGGUAAGAUUUAAAUAACUGCUUUAAUUCCUGGAAACAUAUGGGUUUAUCAACAUAUUAAAGUAUUACAAAAGUCAACUUGUAUUGGAAAAUAGAGAUCAAUUUUGCCUUAAGCCUAAUAUAUGUGGCAAUAUUCUGAAAUGCUUUAUUGCUGAACACUUUUGUUUAUUCUCUUUGCUUAUCACAAUAAACUGAUAUAUUUGGACGUUUA